UAUUUCUUGCAUCCUAUAUAUAGAUUGAUCUGUUGAUUCGUGUAAAAUUAAAAUAUUUUCGGUCUCGUGAAAGUUACAAAAUCAAAUUACGAAAUAUAAGCUGAGAACCAACUUAAAUUAAGGAAGUUGUAUAUUUUUUUGACAAUUAAAAUAGUCAACGCAUUAAUUGUAAAACUGUUCGUGUUUUAUUUUAUGCAUCGUAUUAUUGAUCAUGAAAAUGAAAAUGAACAUUGUUUACGUUGAGUACAUAUGUGAAAAAAUUUCGUUAAUUCAAUACUCUUAUGAAAUAGUUUUCAUAAGAUGAUCAAAUUCAUUAUGCUAAUCGUUUAUAUAACUAGACUGAUAUCUCUUAUUCUUCUAGAAGUUGAUUUACUCGAAUCCAUGUAGUGUCUUAAUUCGGUUUCGUUUGAAACAAGAUCAAUUUAUUGGAGAAGAAAGAAAGAAAAGAGCAAACAUAACGAAAUGAACCGUGUAAAAAAAUUGCUAUCGAGUAAAGAAACUCGAGAUUAUUUAAUGAGCACACAUUUUUGGGGACCUAUAGCUAAUUGGGGUAUUCCUAUCGCAGCAAUCGCUGACAUACAAAGAGAUCCGAAAUAUAUCAGUGGAAAGAUGACGUUUGCAUUGUGCUUGUAUUCAGCAAUGUUUAUGCGCUUUGCAUUGAAGGUUGAGCCACGCAAUUUAUUACUUUUUGCCUGUCAUUUUGCGAACGAAGGUGCACAACUUACUCAAGGUUGUAGAUUUAUUAAAUAUCAUUAUGUAAAUAAAAAUGAAUAACUAGUGAUAAUUUUAGAAUAAAUAUUAUUGCCAUUCAUUUUUAAUUGAUAUUAUUGAUAACUAUUUGUUUCAAUUGGAAUACAAAACAAUAUCAAGUAGUAAAAAAUAACAUAAUUUUUAUAAUCUAUUCAUACUGGAAGUAAUAGAUUAAACAAUUGUAAAUGUAAACUAUUUACUAUAUUAGUAGAUGUAAAGAAGAAAAACAUUAAAUAGCAUUACAAUAUUAAUUACAUUAUUAAUUUGUUAUUUUAAUCUUAUUUAUUUCCUGUCUUAAUUUUAUUCUGACCUUUUUUAUUACUUGUCCUAAUUUAAUGUAAUUUAGUUUGUCAGAUAAUUGAGAUUAAAAAGAAAUAAUUUGAUUAAUUUUGUUAUAUUAAAACUUAAUGAUAAUAUAUAUAUUCACAAAAUUAUUUGCAUCUUUAUUACUACUACUUAUUACUUUAUUACUACUACUUGUUAUUACUUACAAAAAGCAGAGUUAGUCAAAUUAUCAUUGUUGACUAGCAAUUUUUUAAUCGUUUGUAUGAGUUAACUCGUGAUUGGCUAAUAUUUUGACAAACAUGGUUAGUUAUAUAGUUAUAUAGUAUUAAGUGUUGAAACAUAAAAAAUGAAGUAAAAUAAUUUAGUACAAAAUAUGUAAAAUAAAUUGUAUAUUUAUACGCGUAUAAAAAUACAAAAUAAUUAAAAAAGACAUUAAGUUAUAACAGCAGUGUUUCAUAAAUUACAAUUUUUAAAAUAUCAAUAUGUAUAUAUUGUAAUACUUAUAUUAGAUAUUCAAUAAUGAAUGUAUCAUAUGUAAUAUCAAAACUACUAUUUGAAAUUAAAAAAUUUAUAGAAACAAUUUUUAAAUAAAUUUUUAGUUUUUUCCUAAUAUAUAA